AGAAGAUAAAAGUUGAGACGAGAGAGAGGUUAAAUAUUUAACAUGGCGGACCACGUCAUGGAGUCCGAUGAUAAUAAACAAGAUAUUCCAAACGUCGGAAAUAAACAGUGGGUUAAAUUAAAUGUCGGCGGAACGUAUUUUCUAACGACUAAAACCACCCUGGCGAGAGAUCCCAACUCCUUUUUGUACAGACUGAUCCAAGAAGAUAGUGAUUUAAUAUCAGACAAAGAUGAAACGGGGGCUUAUCUAAUAGACCGAGAUCCGAACUAUUUUUCACCCGUUCUGAAUUACCUGAGGCAUGGAAAGCUGGUGAUCAACAAAGGGCUAGCCGAGGAGGGCGUGCUCGAAGAAGCCGAAUUCUACAAUAUCGCCGAACUGAUCACCCUAGUCAAAAGGAGGAUACUACACAGGGAGGGUAAACCCAGCAAAGACGGCAAAAAGCACGUCUAUAGGGUCCUGCAAUGCCACGAAGACGAACUCACCCAGAUGGUGUCCACUAUGUCCGAUGGCUGGAAAUUCGAACAGUUAAUAAACAUCGGCUCCCAGUACAAUUACAACGCCGAUGAGCACGCCGAGUUUUUGUGCGUGGUGAGCAGGGAAUGCGGCAUUCGAGAUUGCCCUGAAAUCAAGACCGAGAGGGAAGAUAGGGCCAAGGUGCUCCAGCAGAAGGGCUCCAGGAUGUAGUUCGUCGUGUAGAUUUGCAUGUGGUUGUUUCGAAGCGGGGUUUCGUGAAACUGUCGUUUCUAUAUUUUUAGUAUGAUGUUUCUGGAUGUUUUGUUUCCAUGGAAAACUCGAUUUUGUUGCGACGAUCGUUUCUGCAGGAAUACUUAUUAUGAUAUUUGCGUUUGUUUUAGCUUGCCUUUUUUUUUCGGAAACUAACUACCUUUUAUGAUAUUAGAAACUCGUUUGUCGAAUAUUUUUUCGUUGAAAUGCGACAGUUUUACGAUUCCUUUUGUAUUUCGUUUUCGUUGUUUCGGUAUAUAUUCGUGAAGAAACCCAUUGUUUCCAUUAUUUCCAUUCGAUCUAACUUUAGUAGGUACUGUUUGUGUACAUGUAUUUUGAUAUUUUGAAGAUAUUUCCCGAUAAUAUUGUACAUUUUUUGCUUUUUAUCAUCCAAACAGUGUAAGACUGGCAU